CUCCCUCCGUUCUCACUCUGUCGCUCCCUCUCUUAGCUGCGGGUCUUCUCCUCCUCUGUCUCGCUCUCUCUCCCUCUCUUCUGCGCCUCUUCUGCGUCUCUCUACCACCGCCGCAGCCAUGGUUGAAGCUUUCGUUGGAACAUGGAACAUGAAGGAGACCGAAAACUUUGACGAAUACAUGAAGGAGCUGGGUGUUGGCUUUCCUACACGUAAGUUAGGCAACAUGACCAAACCCACCACCAUCAUCUCAGUGGAUGGGGGCGUUGUGACGCUGAAGACCCAGAGCGCCAUUAAGAACACAGAGAUCUCCUAUAAGAUUGGAGAGGAGUUUGACGAGACCACAGCAGAUGGCAGGAAGGUCAAGUCUGUUGUAUCAAUAGAGGACGGCAAGAUGGUGCAUGUACAGAAGUGGGACGGCAAAGAGACCUCGCUGGUCAGAGAAGUCAGCGACAAUGCCCUCACACUCACACUCAAAGUUGGAGAGGUUGUUUGCAUACGUCGCUAUGAAAAAGUUCAGUAAAACCCGACAUGGGACCAGCCACUCACCGUCUGAAGCUCUUCACCACAGAUUCCUCAACAUCAUCUCAACCAGUAACCAUGACGAGCAUGAGCCACUACUGUCCGUCAUUCUACUGUGACAAACACAUCAAACUCCAUUGGAUUCUGAUUAUAUUUGUCCACAGUUUUUUCUUUUUUUUUGCUUUUUUUUCCUUUUGUAGAAAAAAUGUGUUCUGUACAAAGACCUAUGGUAAACAUAAAACAAUGUUCAAAGCUUUGUUGUAACUCAACUUACAACCUGAUAAAUAAAAAGUCCACACUGGUGAAUGAAUGGA